CAAAAAUUCUUAGUACAACAGUAAAACAUAAGAACACGCAAUACCUUCAAGACAAGUGGAAGAGAUAUUGACAUUUAUCGCUAUUCUGUAAUACUGUACUGUAUACUAUAAAUAUUCUUCAAACUAGAAGAAAGGUUGACGGUAAUCGUUGAUCAGGCUUUUUCCCCGAGGGAGUUAAAGAACUGUAUUAAGCGCUUCAUAAAACACGUUUUUAAAUUCGAUCUAAGAAAAUGCAUGCUGAGAGGACAGAGGAAGUUCGGUUUGAGAAUAUUUUUAGAAGCCCUUCGACAGGUUGCUCUUUCUGCUUAAGCGAACAUGGCGCGACCAUGCCCAAGAAAAAAAAAUUAUUUUAUAGAGAAAACUUCAAAGAUUAUGAAAACGGAACCCCUUGUGGAAGGCAGUUUGCAAGAAAUGGAAGGAUUAUAGGAGGAAGAAGUGCAAAAGAUGGAGAAAUACCUUGGAUUGUGUCUGUUCAUCAUUUUCCCACGCGUGAAUGCGGAGGAUCUAUUAUCUCAAAGAAAUGGAUUAUCAGUGCCGCUCAUUGUUUUGACAACAAAACUUAUGCUGGAAUGUUUAAUUUUUCGAAUUCUUUCGUACGAGUUGGAAGUUUAUAUAAAAAUAACCUAGGAAAAUCUAUAGGCAUUGAAAAAAUAUAUAUUCAUCCAAAUUAUGAUAUUCCUCAUCGUUAUAGUAAUGAUAUUGCAUUAAUCAAGAUUAAAAACGACAUUGUAUAUGAUGAAUAUACUUGGCCUAUUUGUUUGGAUAGAAAUAAUGCCACUGUGAAUGACAAAAUUACCACCGUGGCAGGAUGGGGAAACAUAAAGAAAGAUGGUCUUGUUUUAUCUGAUGUGUUAAAGUUAGUUCGUUUACCAAUCGUAGAAAAUCAAAUGUGCCAAAAAUGGUUUAAAGAUAGAAAAAAGAGGUUAAUUGUCGAAGAUAAUCAAAUAUGCGCUGGAUAUAAGGAAGGGAAAAAAGAUGCUUGUCAGGGUGAUUCUGGAGGACCUCAAUACAUCAAAGAAGGCAAUACACACAUUCUUGUCGGUAUUGUUUCUAAUGGUAUCGGUUGCGCUCAACCACAAUUACCUGGUUUAUAUACUCGUGUUAGUUCUUAUGUAUCUUGGAUUGAUAAGAUUAUGCAAGACAAUUCAUAAACAUUAUAUAUAUUAAGUACUAUAUAUGAUUGUAUUAUGGGAAAGUUUGUAAAUACGAAUUAAUUGCUCAAUCGUUCCAUUGCAAACAUUAAAUAACGUUUUUCAGA